AUGCGAGGAGGAAAGCGACCGAGUGUUCCGGAAGGUGCUUUAUUCUUCUUGGGAAACAAGCCGAAAAAAUCUCUACUGUCAUCUUCUAAUGCUGGUCCGGGGAGUGCCGGAAAAAAAGCAAAAGGGGAUUUUAUUGAAGUUGAACCGGCGGAGCUUGUUAGUCGGACGGAAGCUGCUUUGAACAGUAACAAUGUGAAUUUGGCGGAAUCACUGGUUUUGAGUGCGCUGAAUCAGUUACGAGCCAGCAGUGGCCCAACACCGUCAGCAGCACUGGCUAUGGGUGGUGUUGGAUUCCGGUCCGUGGCUGGUUCGUCCAGUGGAUCUCGUCUCCCUGCAGGGUUCUCCAUUGGCCUUCUAAUUCUCGCUCAAGCCCAUCCAACUUUAUUUACCCGAGUUGCCGUACUGGAUCAGUUGAUUUCUCUUCUGUCCCUCAGUCCUCGGGAAUUAGGUAUUUCUCUGCCACCGGCUGCUGUGGCUACAAUUUGUGCUCGGGCCAGAGGAUUGCACAUAUAUUUGGAAGAUAGUCUGAUGGACCGAGUUUGGGUCGAUCAAGACGAAUGUCGAGCGUUCGUGCUGAAUCUGGAAACAGCUUUUCCCAAAGUGUACGGUGAUCCACGUGGUCUAUUUACUGUGUUGUGCGGUUCUGGUAGCUCUGCAGCCUCAACCGCACAGUCUUCCGGUUCAAAUGCUGGGAGUAAUAGUAGCGGUGGCAGUGGUUCAACUGCUGUACAUACUGUCCUAGGUCUGGUGCCUGGACAAUCGAAUACGGUGUCUGAGGCUAAUAUGGACGGCACAGGAAAGGAUGAGAUUGCUGAGGCGGUUACCGCUGCGCUCAAAGCUUCCAGCACACCGAUGGCUAAGGUAAUCCACGCUACCGAUCCGGUUAACAUCGUUUUACCACGUUUUGAGAACUCUCGUCAAGCGGUUGAAGUGAUGAUUGUUAACACACUGCGCGAGGCCCUCGGUCGCCGUGGACCUGGAUCUGGUCCCACAACAACUGGUGGUGCUAGUUCAAGUGGAACUGGUUCUUCUACUGCCGGUACUCAAUCCACCACCACUGGUGUUGGAAGCGGAUUGUCUCUGGUGUCCGGUUCAGGUCAAGGUGUUAGUCCAUCUGUUGGCUCCACUGAGGUUUCACAACUUCGUUCGCUCAUUCGUACUGUGGCGAUGGCUUGUGGUUUACCAGAAGUGCGAGGUCUUGUGGCCACAAGACUGGAACCCUGGAUCACUGUAGGUUUUCUGUUCGAGUUGGUUGUUCCAACUUUUCUAUCAAUUUUGUUUCCACUCUUACUCAGUUUUAUCGAAUACAUCAGUAUUGUCGAAGUACUCCCACAGAGCACAUUACAAACAGAGCAACAGAGUGGUGAACAAACUCGUUUUCAGAGAUUCGUAUUCAUGCCGAUACACCUCAAUAUAUAUACCACUAAUUGUGAAUAA